GGUAACAUUCAGAGAUGUGACGAUGGCCUUUACCCAGAGGGAGUGGGAGCAACUAGAUCCGGCUCAGAAGAACCUGUACAAGGAUGUGAUGCUGGAGAACUACAGCAGCCUAGCCUCAAUGGGAUAUGAAACUCCCAAACCAGACAUGAUCUCCAAGUUGGAAAAAGGAGAAGAUCCAUGGUUGGGGAAGAAGAAAAGGUCUAGUCAAGGUCAAGGUGAUCCAAGUGAAAUAGCAACACCCAAGCAAAUAGAAACCAGUGGAAUUGUAUCUUAUCAGGUCUCCACUGGAGUGAAUGAACUGGCGUUAACGGAGGAGAACCUGACCGGGCCUGUGACUGCAUUGUUUUUGCACCUUAAGCUGGCUUUAAGAUUAACAUCUGAAGUUUGAAAAUUGACAUGAUGUUGCUGAAAGUACAACUUUGUGCAGGCUUUUGGAGGGUAAUUAUUUUUUCAAACAAUCUUCAUUUAGUAUCUACUAUGCCAGGCACUAGCCUAGGCACUGAGUAUGGUGGGGAAUAAGAAAAGGUCCAAUCUCCAUUGGAAAGGCAGGUGAAAAUUCACUUUUACUUUGUAAAAGUAAACAAACACAAGACCAUAUCCAGCAUUAUUAGUGCCAAGAGAAAUAGAAGUACCAAUAAAGAAGACCUGAGACAGUAAGGUCAUAGAAGGCCCUACUCCAAGGAGGUGAUAUUAAAGUAACUUGAAUAGGUAUCUGGGGGUAUGUGCUUAAUUCUUGAUCAAGAAGUUCUGUUCUAGGAAUCUGGAUAUCAGGAAUACAGACACACCAAAUUAAAUGCACAAGGAUACUCACUAGAGUGCCCUCUCUUGACCCAUCUCGUUCCAUGCUAGCUCACAGCAGUAAGUGUGAUUUUUUUGGAUACUCAAAUCUGAACAUGUCCUUUACUUGUUUAAAACCUUUCAUUGAA